CGGUAUCACGUCGAGACACCGGAGCGGCAACGGCUUGGGCUUCCCCCGUCCAUUUACUACUAACCUGCAAGGUACGCUAGUCCAGGGACUUCAGGUAGUAUACGGUGUUAUCGAAGGUAGCGUCUCACUCGGAUCCUGCCAAAGCGCGCACGCCGUCCCGACCGAAACCCUCGAUUACCUUGGCCACGGGUUUUUCAGCAUCACCACGGUAGCCGCUGCUGGUGAGAGACCAUGCGCAUGUUGAUGUGCCAACAGACCGACGACUGACUCAGCUGUUUAAUAGAACUGGGACGCGAAACCAGUUACCACAUCCUUCAAACACCGACCGUCGGCAGGCCACACUGUACCCUACGUUUCGAGAAGGCGCGCCCAGACGACAAAGUACAGGACUGAUUGUAAUACAGUACGUGCACCAAUUUCAAAGCGUUGGUCCCGUUUAUUAGUGUUCCAAGUUCCAAAAGUUGUUUUGCAUCCCAACUAUCCACAUGGUCUCUCGGACAGGGAACGGACUGCAAUUGUUUGGAGGCGGGUGCAUCGGCUGGGCUUGGACGGGGAGGCGGUCAGGGAGCGAAGCAAGGCCAUCCUUCCUGCCGUGGUCGCAAGUCUUUGGGGCGACAGCGACAGCGACGGCUCAUCCUCCUUUUUUCGGUCAAGUCGGUCGAAUCCGCUCCCAGCGUCUUGGCCGUGCGCACAUGCACCGUCUUUCUCACACCCACCCUGCCCCCUGCCGGACGCUAGUGCACCCACACGCCCAUACCCACACCACUCACAGCAGUCCCAUGCAGCUUAGCACUUGCACCCGUUUUCCCUCCCGCUUCCCAUGUUCCGCCCCCUUGUUGCUUGUCAGGCAGCGCCCUGAUGACCAGGUACCCACUGCGGGUGAUCGAAACCGCUAAAGGAGACGGGGGCUGAUUCGCUGCUGCGCUCAGUUGCCUUGCGUGUGCUUGGCUCCUCCCCGUUGCUGUCCACAAAAAUAAAAUGUUUUAUUAUUUUCCACGGCGUACCGUACUGCGUUUUGUAUUUCGCUCCCGUCUGCUCAUCUCACGCAUUAAUUAUUGCAGUCUUCGAUUUCACUUUUCGCAUUUUCUAUUCCCUUUCGUUUCGAAUUAUUCUCCCCCCCUUCUUCACCCCUGUCCAUCUCAGCUUGGUUAUCCACCCGCAGCUUCAUCCACACUAACUUCCGAGACCCAGACCGUCAGCAACUAAGGGAACUCCCGCUCCAUUGAUAAAGGCUCGGCUCCCGUCCCCGUCGCGACAUUAUAUCAUUACCCGCCUUUCCUCCCAUCCCGUU